UAUGUUUUGACAUGUUAUUUCGUGUGUAAACCCAUGUCCAGGCAGGGUUUUAACUCUUUGAUCAAGCUAUUAGCUAGACAAUCAUAACAUUACAAGCAGUGUGUGAAGAAGAGGUAUUUUUAAUACUUUUUUUAAGUUGAAAACCAGAAAAAAGAUGGCGAGCAAAGAUGACGAUCUUUUGGAGCCAGAAGAGGAAUUAGUCGAUGAAGUUGAUGAUAUGAGAAUGUCAAGAACUGAGGAGCCGGAUUAUUCGAUAAAGUUUGACAAAGUUAGAGACAAAGUUGUGUUUGAUCCAAUGGGAAAUGAGAUUAAGUUUGGUGAUAUAUUUAAAAAGCAAAAGACUAUUGUUAUUUUUGUAAGGCACUUCCUAGAUUUUAUAACAAAAGAUUAUGUGGAAGACCUUGGCUCCAUACCACUGGAAUACUUGCAAGCUGCAGAUGUUCGCCUAGUUGUCAUAGGACCUGCACCAUUUAAAUUUAUAAAUGACUUCAAGAAAAGUACCAACUUCAACUACACCUUAUAUUGUGAUCCUGAAAGAGAAUUGUAUAAAGCUUUAAAUAUGAACUCGGUGUCAGAGUAUGGAGAUGUAAGACAUGCGAAGCACGUGAAACAGAAUGCAAUUAUGGGCAUAAUGCGGGGCAUGUGGAAAAUCAUGAAGUCCCAGGAGUGGGAGGGGGACAACAAACAGAAUGGAGGGUCUUUUGUUCUGGGGCCAGGAGAGGUAGUCCACUUCAGUCACCUUGACAAGAACCAGGUGGAUCAAGUGCCGAUAAAUGAAAUCCUCAAAAAGGCUGAUGUCCAGCUUGUGAGCUUUCCAAAGGACCCUCGUGUGCAGAACAUAUAGUGCAGGGAAACAGCCUUAUACAGGAUAUGAACAAAUAAUAGUUGACAGCCAAUGGGAGCCAUAUACAGAAUAUGAGCAAAUAAAUAAUGGUUGGCUUGGGGAUUCCAUAAAGCUCAUAAACUUGGGAGUAUGAAAUUCCUAGUAAACAUAAUUUAUUGAAGUUGUUUACUCAAAUAUGGAAAUUCCAAUCUUUCGAAUGAAAAUGAUGUUAUAUAAUGCUUAUUCUGAUGAAAGAACCAUUUUUGUCUAUAAACACAAAUUAAACAAAGAGGUUUUUCAAACAUGUUAAGUUAAUAUAGUUCUAUUUUAAGUAAGAAUAUGAAACUAGUUUGACACAAUGUUUAUAUAUAUUUUGAACUUUCAUGUAUCUUAUUUGAAUUGAAUUUUAAAGGUGUCAUUUCGGAAGUUAGACCAUUUUCAGGGUAAUAUAUGUGUUCAACAUACACAUGUAUACUUCAACAGAGCCCUGUAUUGUUGGGUUGUGCAGGGAACCAGCUGGGUGUUCAGUGUAGGGGAUUUGUGAUACAAGUUAUGUUUGGGCCCAAUCUUAUUAACAAUUAUAUCAUACAAUCACUUAUUCACAUUGGUAUCCCCAAUUCGUAAUGAUAUUGAUCUUGUAACAAAUUAUAAGAAUGGAUACAUAAGCAAAAAAAUCCAUAUAUUUAGAUUGUUGACAAAGAUGUUAUAUUAAGCAAAACAAAUUCUUCAAUAGUAAUUUGUAGAGCAUUCAUAUUUUGACUGGCUUUCCUGCAGGAUUUUGUAGGUAAGUUUUUAAAAAAAGGAUUAAGCAUGUUUCAGACUUUUGUUCAUUUGAGAAAAUGUACAUUUGUGAUUUUUUCAUAUUUAAAUGCAUUAUUCACCCCAUGUACAUGUUAUUCACCAUUUACUGAUCUGUGAUAAAGGUCAUUAUGCAUUGUGUCUUACACCGCAGUAUAUGAUUUGAUCUCUGUAAGUUGAGUGAUUAAAAGCAAUAAUAUCACAGUCACUCAUAAUCUUUAUUUAAACUUAUUUGUAUCAUAUGAACUUGGCCCUUUUUGGUAUCUCCCUUUUUCCUGAUAGAAACUAGCAUGGGCACCAUUCUGCCUUCAUAGACUUAAACACUCAAGUCUGUCAAAUAAUACUUUUGUUUUGAAAACUAGGACAUGUAAUAUGAUUAUAAAUACUUACAAACUUAGCAUAUUUGGCAUACAUGUAUGUAACCUAAAGUUACUCCAAUUAAACACAAUCCCUAAUAUUUUUCUGUCAAAUUCAUGAUGAUCAUGUUCUUCUGCAACAUUCUGUCAUUUUUAAAAAAACUGGCUAAACCCCUCAUUUAUGUUUUAUCACUGAGUUGUGAAAAUUGUAGUUGUGAAUGUAAUUUAUUUUGAGUGAAAACGUGUUUGUUAGUUCCUAAAUCUUGUAUUUUUAGUGAUAAUGCUUUUGUUUCUUUCUUUGUUUUGUAUGUUUGUUUCGUGUAACUGCUAAAAUACUCUUCCCAUUUAUCUCAUACAUGUUUACUUACUUCAUGUAUACAUAAUAUUAUCUGAUGUAUAUGCCUAUUUUUAUCUUUAUGAAAAUUUUGUGACAAUAUCAAUGUGCAAAAAAUGAUACAUGAAUUUUUUUCAUUCACCUAGUCUCUUGUUUAGGGAAAAAAACUAUGGCUAGCAAUGAUCAGCUAUUCUUUUUUUACAACCAGACCUACUGUUGAUCAAUAACCUUUUUUUAAGAAUAAAUAUUCACCUGCAGAAAAACUGUCUUAUUUUUAAUUGUGAUGAAUAUAUAUUUUUUUUUAAAGUCAAUUUAUGUGUUCAUGUAGAGAACAGGCAAGAAAAAUCCAUGAAAUAUUGAUACUGUUAAAAGAGUUUUACAUAAAAAAUUAUCAAUUUAUUCACAUUAAUUUCCUGACAAAAACCUUUGAAAAGUAACACUUUUCAGCUUGAUUUAACAAGGAAAAUAAUAAAGAAAUUUGACAUUCUUCCUCGUUUAUUGUUGUUUCAUUUUUGGUAUGUUUUUUGUUGUAUACAUGUACAUAUUUUGGUUAAUAGUCUUGAAGCUGGUGCAUGUGAAAAAUACAGUUUUAUCCGUCCGAAUUUCAUAGCGUAAUCUCAUACUGCUGUUCUGAUGGAUUUUGUUUUAAGUGAAAUCCCUUACUGUGUAUCUCAAUUUUCAGUAUGUAAUAAAAUUGUUGUAAACCUAUGUGAAACACUGUGUUUUUUUCUACGAAGCCUUAAAG